AUGAAUGAUAGAACGAAUGAGAGUGUGCUGCUUGUGAAACUUAAUAGUUUGGAUGAUAAAAAGGAGAUCAUGAUGAAGAAAAAUAAAUUGACAGGUACGAAAAUAUAUGUAGACGAUGAUCUAACGAAGGAUGAAAGAGAAAGACAGAAGGAGAUUAGACUUUGGGCGAAGAGAGAGAAAGAGAGAGGUAGGCGAGUAAAAGUGGGCUUUGGGAAAGCAUGGAUGAAUGGAUUAAAGAGAAAAGACGAAGAUUUUUGGGAUUUUCUGAAAGAUUUCGAUGUGAUUGGUUUGAGUGAGACAUGGGUGGAAGAAGCUGGGUGGGGGAAGAUAAAAGAAAAAAUGCCAGAUGGGUGGAGAUGGAAAUGUCAGCCAGCGAGGAGGGAAAAGAAAAGAGGGAGAGCGAUGGGAGGGAUAAUAACGGGGAUAAGGAAGGAAAUAGAGGAAAGAAGUAGAAGUGAAGAGGAAGUAGAGGGGAUACAGCAGAGAGAGGUUGUUGUAGAUGAGGAGAGGUGGAGAAUUGUUACAGUAUAUAACAAAGAGGGAAGUAAGGAAGAAUUAGAUAGAUUAAAAGAGAUGAUAGGAGAGAGGGAAGAAGAAAAUAUGAUAAUAGUAGGAGACUUUAACGCAAGAAUUGGUAAGGAAGGGGGUUUUUGUGACCAAAAUGGCGAAGAAAAAGGAGAAAAUGGCAAAGAACGGAGAUCGAAAGAUGGAGUGGUAAACAAACAAGGGUGUGAGCUGGUGAAGGUAGUGGGAGAAAGAGGGUGGUUGAUACUGAAUGGGUGGAAAAAAGGGGAUGAAGAAGGAGAGUGGACGUAUGAAAAAGCGGGAGGGAAAUCAGUGAUAGAUUAUGGAAUUGUAAAUCUGGAGGCAGAAGAGAAAAUUAGAUGUUUUGAAAUAGGAUGCAGGGCAGAAUCAGAUCACCAGCCAAUAUUGAUAGAGUUAGGAAAGGAAUAUACAAGGCAGGAGAAGGAAAAAGAGAGCGAGGCAGAGAUGAUACAGGAUUGGUCAGAGGAGGGCAUAGAAAUAUUUAGGAAAAAUAUAGAGGAAGUAGAGUGGGAAAAAGGAGAGGGGGGAGGACGAUGGGAAGAAAUGGAAGAAGUAAUGAAAAGAGCACCUAAAAUGAAGAGGAAGGGUGGAAGGAAAGAGGUAGGAUGGGUACCAUGGUGGGAUAGAGAGUGUAGGGAGAAAAAGAGAGAGGUUAAUAGGGCGGGGAGAAGAUAUAGGAGAAGGAAGUCGGGAUAUGAGGAAUUUGUGAAAAAAAGAAGGGAAUAUAGGGAUACAUGUGAAAAGAAAGAAGUAGAGCAUAAGAAGCUUGAGGAGAGAGAGAUAGAAAAGAUUAUAACAGAAGCACAGGCAUGGGAAUUUAUAAAUAGGAGAAGGAAGAAAAAGGAGGGAAUAAGUAAGGAAAUUAAAAGAACGGAGUGGGUAGAGUAUUUUAAGACGGCAUUAGAGGGAGUUGACGAGAGAACGGCAGAAAUAGGAGAAAGACGGAAUGAAUUUAGAAAAGACGAAGGGAUAAGUCGGGAGGAAAUAAGAUUAGAAAUAAAAAGAUUAAAGAAGGGUAAGGCGGCAGGGAUAGAUGGGAUAAGAAAUGAAGCAUGGAUGAUGGGGGGAGAUAAAGUAAGUGUAAAGUUAGAGGAAAUUUAUAGAAAGAUUUGGGAAGGAGAGGGAUUCCCAGAAAAAUGGAGAAUAGGAGUGAUAGUUCCGAUAUGGAAAAAAGGGGAUAAAAAUGUGGUAGGGAAUUACAGGGGUGUCACGCUUACAAGCACUGCGUAUAAGAUAUAUGCGAACAUUCUAAAUAAAAAGUUGGUGAAAGAGCUAGACGAGAAAGGAGGAUGGGGCAGAACGCAGGCAGGAUUUAGAAAAGGAAGAGGAACAAUAGAAAACAUAAAGAUCUUAAAACACCUAGUAGGAAGAAGACUAAAGGAGAAGAAGAAGGUGUGGGCAUUUUUUAUGGACCUAAAAGGAGCGUUUGAUAAAAUAGAUAGGAAGGUAUUAUGGGAAAUGAUGAGGAGAAGGGGUAUCAGUGAUGUACUGAUAGAAAGAGUAAAAGAAAUAUAUGAGGAGACAAGAUGCGUGGUAAGGAUAGGGGGGGAAGUCUCAAAGGAAUUUUGGGUAAAAAAAGGGAGUGUUGAGCGUAGCACACAAAGAAUGCCCAUCGAUAAGAGAAUUGAAGUUACGAACCAUUCUAUUCCAAUCUUGAAUAUCAUCUCUUCUCCUAUUUUUACAUCUCCUAUUGAUAAACAACUAUUAAAAUUGGAAUCUGACACAUGUAAAUUUAUAUUGGCGCAUCCUAAUAUUAUUUUCACGCAUGCUGACAAAGGUAACGUCACGGCAGUAAUGAGAGGUGACAAGAAUUCAUCUGCUCUAGUAAACUUUAUGCGCAUGCAGAAAAUGACGUGGCAACUCGAUCCAAUGAUGGAACAUACGGAGCAAUAUGGAAUACGAGUGCUUUUGCUGUACAUCUAA